AUGCGCAAUGCCGAAGAAGACCUCAAGCGCUGGAGCAUGUCUAUCAAGGGCGAGACCAAUUUUCUGCCGUCCGAAACCACCGAGGAUGAGGCUACUGAGAACACCAGCUUUCGGAACUGGGCCACAUUGUUCGACAAUCCUGAUUCCGCCAACGAAAGAUCAAGAAGAGGUUCAGUGGAUAUUCUUCUCCCUGUGUUUUUGGCGCCGAGACACCUUGGAAGCAAGUGCGAGAGCGUGACUCGUCCUGAUACCUUGUCGUGA